AUGGAGCAAAAUCUACAAUGGUUAAACACUGAAGGUCCUAUUUCUCUUCACAACGACCUUUGUGGAAAAGUUGUGGUGUUGGAUUUCUUUACUUACUGCUGCAUCAAUUGCUUGCACCUGCUGCCUGAUCUCCAUGCGUUAGAGAGUCAGUACUCUGAUAAAGAUGGUCUUAUUAUUGUUGGUAUCCAUUCAGCAAAAUUUCCAAAUGAAAAAGUUCUGGAUAACAUUAGAAGUGCUGUUCUGAGGUAUAAUAUUGUCCACCCUGUAGUAAAUGAUGCAGAUGCAACACUGUGGCAUGAACUAGAAGUGUCCUGCUGGCCAACUCUGGUCAUUCUUGGGCCUCGUGGAAAUAUGCUGUUUUCACUUGUUGGAGAGGGACACAGAGAGAAGUUGUUUUUAUUUACUUCUAUAACACUGAAAUUCUACAAGGAGAGAGGACAAAUCAAAGAUAACAACAUUGGAAUAAAGUUAUACAGAGACUCCUUACCACCUUCUCCCCUGCUGUUUCCUGGCAAAGUGACCGUAGAUAACUCAGGAGAAAGGCUGGUAAUAGCUGACACUGGACAUCAUAGGAUUUUGGUUACUCGAAAAAAUGGACAAAUUCUACACACUAUUGGAGGUCCAAACAGUGGAAGAAGAGAUGGAAGAUUUUCAGAGGCAGCUUUCAACUCACCACAAGGGAUUGCUAUAAAAAAUAAUGUUAUUUAUGUAGCUGAUACAGAAAAUCACCUAAUCAGAAAGAUUGAUCUGGAAUUAGAGGUGGUGACCACUGUAGCAGGCAUUGGGAUUCAAGGUGUUGAUAAGGAAGGUGGAGCAAAAGGAGAAGAACAGCCUAUCAGCUCCCCGUGGGAUGUUGCCUUCGGAAAUUCAAUUUCAGGGACCCAGGAAGAUGAUGUUUUAUGGAUAGCAAUGGCAGGCACUCAUCAGGUGUGGGCACUGAUGUUGGAAGAUGGAAAACUACCAAAGGGAAGUGAUUUAAAGAAAGGAGUCUGCCUUCGAUUCGCUGGGAGUGGAAAUGAAGAGAACAGGAACAACGCAUACCCACAUAAGGCAGGCUUUGCGCAGCCUUCAGGGCUCUCUCUGGCUUCCGAGGAACCGUGGAACUGCCUUUUUGUAGCAGAUAGUGAAAGCAGCACUGUGCGAACCAUCUCUUUGAAAGACGGAGCAGUAAAGCACCUUGUAGGAGGAGAGAGAGAUCCAUUGAAUUUGUUUGCCUUUGGUGAUGUGGAUGGAGCGGGCAUCAAUGCAAAGUUGCAACAUCCCUUAGGAGUGACGUGGGACAAGAAAAGAAAACUGCUCUAUGUGGCAGAUUCCUAUAAUCAUAAGAUUAAAGUUGUAGAUCCCAAGAUGAAGAACUGUGCUACACUGGCAGGCACAGGAGAAGCAAGUAAUGUCAUCGGCUCCAGCUUUACACAGUCAACUUUUAAUGAACCUGGAGGUUUGUGUGUUGAAGAAAAUGGCCGCUUGAUGUACGUUGCAGACACAAAUAAUCAUCAGAUUAAAGUGCUGGAUUUCGAAACAAAAAUUCUUUCCAUGUUGCCUAUCCUGAAUCCAGAAGAAUGUGAUGUUACAGAUAACCUGCAUGUGCAAAAGGAUAAAAUAAGAAACCUUCCAAAACUGCCUAAAUCUGCACCAAAUGUCCAACUUCCUUCAUUAACUGUAACUCCUGGCCAGACAAUUCAGUUUUUAUUAAAGUUGACCCUUCCUUCAGAUUCAAAACUGAAUGACGAAGCACCCAAUUCCUGGUUUAUCACAGCCGAAGAUAAUACCUGGUUGCUUCAAGGACAGUGUCUGUCUGGAGAAAUAAAAGAGAUUUCCUGUCAAACUAUCAUUCCCUUUCAGUUACCCAAGAGCUGUCUGUCAGCUGAAGCUAUCCUGGCUAUCAAAGUGUGCCUCUACUAUUGCAGCAAAGGUAGUGGUGCCUGUAUGAUGAAAGGAAUCUCAUUCAGUCAGCCUUUACAGAUAGCUAGUACAAACCAAGGCAGCUUGACUCAAGUUGAACUGAUACAUUCAUUUUAACCAGCUAACCCAAGCCAGCUAAUUUCAUACUUUUUUUUACUAUCCACCAAUAUUCAUAUUUUCUGUAAGAGAAAAUAUGAAUACAUAACUUUUCUCUCUUUUUCAUUUUCCUGGAGCUUAUGACAAAGCUAAGAAAUAAUAUACUUGGUGAAAUGAAAUUGAGUUCCCUACAGCUUAAGGUGGAAAUUUAUCAUCACAACCUCAUUUCUUUUCAUUACAGUAGCAGUAAUAAUAUUGUAAUACUCUAGACUGUUACCAACUGUGAAUAUAUUGGGUGUAUGCCAUUCUAAGCAAUGAGCAACAAUUUUUAGAGUCCUCUUGAAAGAACUGGUCUUACUUUGUGAUGUUACUGUAAGAAGUUCUUUGCACUGUACACACUGUUAGAAUAGCUGGAUAAGUUUGGACUAAGAAAUUCCUUUUGUGCCCCUACUAAAUUUUAAUAGAAUAUCAAAACAAAUAGAUCCUUUCUUCAGGCUGUAGAAGAAGUAUCUUGCUUAUUUUUCCGUAAUGGCAUUUGUGACACAUGUAUUUUGAAAGUACAUCUUAAACUAGGCAUAGCUCUAAUUUUAUGCAAACUGAGUGUUUUGCUUAACUAGAUAUGACUGCCUUGUAUGAAGAUCACAGUUUCAUGCAAAAAUUUCUGUGAAAGGAGUUCCAAGUUCCUACAGAAGAAUUUAAUGCUGAUAUCUAACAAAAAAUGUGCCUCUCUCUAAUGUGUGUAUGUGUGUGUAUAUAUAUAAUAUAUAUAUAUAUGUAAAGAAAAAAACCCACAAAACCAUGCUGGAGUUGUUCUGAUACAUACCAAUUUACAUUUUUAUAGUUAAGUGGUAGAUAAUAGUUGAAUAUCUAAACUGCAAAAACUAAAUGUCAACCAUUUCAAGUGCAGUGAAUCACUUUCCUACUUUUAUGAUUUCUCUGUAAAGAGAAGAAUCUGUCUGAAGAAUUCUGUCUCGAAAAUACAUAAUACUAGGAAGAAUAUUACACUCUCAAAGUCUGAUUCAGUCUUUUGAAGUCACUGUUAGCCCCUGAUUUGUAAUAGUGGCCACUGAAGCAGAACUGUAUGUUUAAUAAUAGAUUAUUUGCAUUCAUGUUUAGAGGUUCUGAGCUUUUGCUAUAAAGCUGAUAACCUAAUGUUUGAGAAAGGUGCUUUAAAACUGUUACAAAACUCUGCCUUUGGUGGUUCAGUGUUUUUCAAGUAAAAUUUCUUCAAUUUGCCAUAGUAAGUAGCAGGAAUACAGGAGGGGGGACAGUUUUUUUACUUGAACUGGAAGAAUUUCCACAGUGCUUAAGUGGUAAUUGGACUAAACUUUGUGCUCUGGUCAUGAGGAUCAGUUCUGAGAAGAUGAUUUGAAGUUCCAAGUUAAUAUUUUUGCAUAUAUAUAAAGUACAAUACUGAAAUAAUUUUUGUAUAGUCUUUUCUAAAACAGUCACCAUUUUUCCUGACACCUGUCAGCAAAUCCCCAGUAUGAUUUGGUUUUGCUCUUUCUUACUCAAAGGCUGACUGAAAUGUUGGUCAUGAACCUGAGAGACUUUUGUUUUAAGGGAACCAUAUGGACUGGUAUGUUUUUUCCUUCCAUUGAAAUGCCAGUCUAUCUGCGAGUAGUACCAGAAAUGGUUGUUAUCUCACCUGUCAGCAAGGCAAGGGCUGUGCUAGUAUUUUUCUUGUGUUUGUUUUUUAAGCGACUUUUCUAAUGCAGUGUUUCAGCUCCCUUGGGUAAGCCUCUCAAUUCUCACAUGUCAUUUUGAAAGAGGAGAAAGCUUUGCUGCUUUGUUCACAGAUUGCAAAUGCUAUUGGAAGGAUGAAGGUAAAGAAACUGAUUUGGGCAUUUAUAAUUUUUUACACCUUAGUACAACUCUUCUAAAAUUUUUUUGUUUGUUUGUUUAACUUUGGAUAGUAGCCAGAAAACCUUAGAUCAGCUUCCAGCUAGCUCACAAAUUUUCUGUUGCUUACUGAAAAAAACAAAUAUUAUUUUCAGAAGUUCAGAAUAAUGAACCAAACUGUUACAGUUGUCUUGAACAUAUAAUUCAGCAGAUGGGUUUUUUUUUUCUCUCAUAUUCAACUAGAAUGACAUUGUAUUUGUGUAUUUCAGUUGGAUGUAAUUAACAGAUUCUGCCUGUAUUCCAGUAUUCAAAAAAGUUAACAAAUCUGUUUUCUUAUUGAAAUAGUAAUGUUUAAAUAUGGUAUCGUAGAUAUAUUUUCUAUCUAAAUGUACAUGUAUAGAUGUGUAUUUAAGUAUCAUAUCCUUUUUGUUUUCAGUUUUUGACCUCUAGUCACUGUAGACACACUCAGAACCACUCUAAGCUUAUAGGGAAGGGGUGUUAGUACGUAGGAGGAAGACUGUUACAUAAGCAUCAAGCUGAAGUCCAGGAUCAAACUGUAAAGAACCUUUAAAUACUUAGUUGUAGCCAAAUUUUAAACAAUUCUAUUGCAAGGUAAACAGUUUCAGCUUUACUGUUAGAGAGCAGGAAUAUAUCUAUUUGAAUCAGUUUUUUAUUUAAGUCCAUGUCUUGCAGCAGAUGACUGAAUCUUACAUAAACUAGGGGAGUGGGGGUUAGUGUACUAUAUCUGUGCUACUGUUACUCCUACAAAGCCUCAGAACAUUCCUUGCUACUGGACUGUAAUGGCUUUAUGCUAAAGCAGGGGCAGAAGGUGUGACUCCAUCUCAAAAAGACACAAACCCCACUGUUUGCAAUGAAAAGCUGUAUAUAUCAAAAUUAUUUUCCCCCUGCAUCCAGUAAGUCCUCAAACCUUUCAGGCAAUAACUUUUUUAGUUUGCAAGGGAGAGCUGUGUUUCUUGACUCGGUGGGUGUCACACAGGGACACUGUUCUAAUUGUUCUCUUUCAUCAUAUUCAGAGCAGCUGUUUCUCACUCUGCCCCAGUUCUCACUGAUGAGGUUACUGGGGUUCUUGCGCCCCUCACUCAGUCUGUGUCUUCACUGUGAUUGGCCUUUUAUCAUACAGUCUAAUGCUAUCUCUUGUUUGUCUAAAGAAUAGCAUACACUUUCCCGGAGUCAUUCCUUCUGUUUCACUUGUGACAUUUGAAAGUUUAUAAUUAGAAAAACAUGGUUUUUAAAAGCUUAUGAUGUUUAGGGAUACUCUUUCCAUUGCUUCCUCCAGGGUUUACAAGAUGCUCUUAAAGUAAAGCAACGAGUACCAUAAAUGUAACCAGACAGGCAAACAGAAUAGUAUGUACAAGCUGCAGAAAUGUAUUUCAGUUAAGUACCAGAAAGCAUCUUCAAAAUAUGAUUCAGAAGAACAGAAAAUGUUACUGCUCUGUCUAAAUACUGAAAAAUCAUAUAUAUCUAUGACUUCUAUCUCUUUUCAUGGUAAUUUAGUUUCUUGAUAUAAAAAUCCUAAGCAGGUUGAUAUGGCCCAGCAUGCCAAGAUUUGUAUCGUACAGUAAAAGUAUGUAAUUCAAGGCCUUUUCAAGGCAUGUCUUUCUACUGACUUUAAUAGGUUUUGCAUUUAGGCCUUAAUAAAGUAAUAAAUUACUGUAGCAAAUCUCUAAAGAAUAUUGGUCAUGGUUGUAUUGUAUAAUGAAAACAAGUUCAGUGGCAUUUUCAGUUUUUAAUUGUAGUGUUUGCUUUUAUUGAACAGCGUUGGGUUUUGAAUGAAUAUAUUAAUAGUUUCAUGAAAGUUUUUAGAAUUUUUUUUAUUUACAGUACGGUAUUCUUCAUUAGACUAGGAAAAAGAUAAUAUGAUUUCAAAGAGAGAGUGUAAUGUGUUUUGAUAGCUUUUUCAUGUGUGAAUUCAGUAAUAGCUUUCUGUAGUUUGUUCCCUUCUGUUGAAGGAAGGGUAGGGAUGCUGACCGUGUAAACGUAUUGAUGGGCACAUAUUUUAUGCAUACAUUUUUAGUUGAGUCCUUUUGGUGUUAGAUUCUCACAUGUCAUUUUGGGCUUUUCUACGGGAUGUACUUUUUUUCAUAGUUUGUAUUUUGACUUGUAUGUCUUCUACUCAUAGAACAUUAUGUUUGUAUAAUGGUGUGGUAAUGUCGUGAUACAAAGCAAGUACAGACCAGAUGGGUAAUAUAUGAGAAAGUAGUUACAUAGCAUCGUGUAAAUGCCUUAUCUGCUUAGCCUCAGAAAAGUUGCAUAUGGCUUUCAGUACGUUAUAUAUAUUCUUAAUGCACUUUUUUUAUUCCAGUGGGCAAAUCUUCUAGCUUAAACCAUGAGUAAAAACUAUUUUUUGUGAGAACAUCAAGAAAAACAUAUUCCUUAUCUCUUGCUCAGAGGAGGGAGAUGAUCAGAAUGAAGGGACUUUCCUCCUCGUGCAGGGGCAUGUCCUUCUGUUCCUUUAAUUAUUGACUAUUUAUUUUAGCACAUAGAGUUGUAUUAUUGACCAUAAAUUCUCUUGAAGUUUUGAUUCCUAACAAGGUUUUCUAUAUACAUGGAAGCUUUAAAUGUCUGGCUUUAUAGAGUUAUGAGUGAUAUAUCUAGUUGAAAAUGGCUCAUGGUUUAGCAGACAAUAUCAGAGAUUUAUGUACAUUCUUAUGAUUUGUAACUUUUUUUAAUCACUGUUAUUCAUUAAGACUUACCUCAGAGACACACUGCAGCUAAACUCCCACAGAAGUGUGUUCAUAAACUUUGUAUUGCAACUCAAAAUUAAGUAUUCUUGCCUGUAUAAUGUGCAAGAGAUUCUGUGACACGUGUAUACAUGUCCUCCAGGUUGCAGUUGUGCUACCUGAGGAGAAUUCACCAUGCUCAGCAGCUUUAUCAACUACCCACAGUAACUCUCUGCUCAAAUCUGCCAGCUCAAUUGUUCAUAUAAUCAAUUAAAAUUACUGAUUCAUGUUAGCAAAGAUUUAGUAUUUAGAAUUAAUCAUUAUAAUUUUCAUUGAAAUUGGUUUGUCGGGGAUUAGAGGAGCUUCUCUUGUCACAAACAGAGAAGGUAUAAAAAUGGUGACAAUUUAGUGGGAAACAGUUAUUGAAAAUGUGAGACCUGGUUAUUUUUUUAAUUAAACCACCACAUCUGCCUUUGUAUUCUGCAACGGAUCAUGAAUUUAGAAACCGUAUUUCUAAUGUUUUACAUUCCAUUAUGUUCAUAUAACCAAAUUUGACUACUGUCUUCCAUCAGGAGCAGCCGUUCUUACAUUUUAUAGUUUUUGUACUAUCAUGUGUAAAAUCACUUACUCUCAUUAGGGAUUACAGUUCAUUCUUAUUAAGGAUUCAGCACACCUAUGAUUGAGUUUCAGAGUUUAUCUUAGUUUCUUUGCCAUAAUAUUAUGGGGGAUUUUGGUUAAGUUUUGGGAUCUAUCUUUUCUUACUGUAGUUUCCCCAAGAAGGAAAUGCAGCCAGUAACUUGUUAACAGGGAGGCAUCCAAGUAGGAUAAUUCCCUCCACCAGCUCCUUGCCCCUCCUCUGCUUUGGGGAUGAGGAUGUGAACAGCAAGGGCAAGUAGGGCUGUCUCAUAUGAAGAUAACAUACCUGGUAGCUCACUCCAAAAGGGUGGAACUUCAGGAUGAGUUGGAGUUACACCAUAACACUGCUUCCUAGGUCUCCUUGUCUUUACAGCCUAUAAAAUCUUGCUCCAUAAAGAAGGCAAGAAUUUUGCCCUUAUUCCUGCAAAAAUCUUCAGUUAAUUGAUUCAUUAGUACACUUUAAGAUAAUCUGGUAAUAAUUACUGAAAUCUAGGACCUAUCUGGACCUUCCCCCAUGCUUCUAGGUAGCAUUAGAAUAAGAUUAUGUUCUCGGGUCAACUGCAUCAAGCUCUGCACUGAUGCAUCUGCCAUCAAAAUUUUUACCUUUACCUCUGGCGCUGUCCAGUGAUGUUCUGAAGUUGUUUCUAGAUCUCCCAGAGCAUCCCAUCAAACUUGAGUAGCCUGUGCAGGGAUUUUGAUGGCUCUUAGUUUUAGGACACUUUGAUACUAUAAAUUAGAUAAUUUGGCUGUUAGGUGAUUUAAAGGAUACACCAGUUUGCUAUCUUAUUGCAGAUGGUUUUUUAUUAUUUUUCAAGGGGUAACACAUUUUUGUCGCAGCUGCAAAACUAGAAACCUUGGAUAGUUUGUGCAGCUAGUUUAUUGCUUAGUGUACCUCUUUCUUGGUCCAUUGUUUUUAAGUAUACCAGACAACUGUUUGUCCAGUUGCAGGCCCUGGGGCUCACAAGAGUGAUAUUCCACACUCUGUAUUUCCCCUUUUGACUAAGUAUUUAUAAACUCAACUCAUCUGUCCAUUGUCAGACUUCAUAGAAAGCAAGAUAAUGGUUCCCAACUGAUGUUUUACACUCAUGUUUUUUAAAAAAAAGAGCUUGUUUAUCAAACUUCCUGUAUAUCAGGAAUCUGUCCUGAGAGUUGCCAGUAUCAGAUACCUGCCUUCCAGUUUUUAAAAACUUAGAAUUGAUAGUAGAAGAACAAAAUUGCUAAAUGUUUUAUAUUUUGAACGUUUAACUUUUAAACUGUCCAAUUUCACUUUUAAAGAGAACUAGUGGAAUUAAAACUUUCUCUUCUGUAAAUCAUGACCGUUAAUGUACCGUUAAUCAUUGUAUCAUUAAAACCUGUGAUGGAUCUAUGUAAUUUUGUAAAGACAAAAGAAAAAUAAGGUAGUUGUAAAACUGCUACGGGGUGAAAUCCCGGUGCUCCGAGGUUAGCAGCAAGUAUCUAGGGCCAGUAGUUUGGCCCAGUGUGACAGAAAUUCUCUAUUUUAAAUACAUCACGAUGACUGAAGUUAAAAAUCAGUGCCUUGCAUAACAAUACUUGAAAGUGUAUCUUUACAGAAAUGCUAGAGUACUGAUUGAAAUAAGGUAUUUCACCUUUAGGGUUUGCAGAUUUCAGGGGGUUUUAAUUCUGUUAGUUCUACUAAUUCUGAAACUGGAGUUUUCCUUCUUCAUGUUUUUGAAUUAAGUUGAAAUUAAGGUGCUUUUUGUUCAAACUACUCUUCUUAAGUACUUUAAAUAUUUUUUCUCAAUCCUGUGAACUAGUAUAAUACUAGUGAAGAAAGUCACAUCUGAGCACUUAACACCUUAAUAAAUGUGUCUAUAUGGUUUAAGGGUAAACACGAUUUUUUUUCUUCCUUGAGAGCUUCAAUGUUGCUUUUGUGGACAUUGAAAUAUUUUUGUCUGCUCUUCGAGAUACUAAACCUCUGUUUUUCCAUUACAUGCGGUGCAAAGCCUUUCAAAUAUCUGAACAUUUUAAAGAUGUGGUUUAUAGUUGUUACUACAAAAUAUGUGAAGAAUUAAAACUAGAGGCACUUAAUCUACAGCUAAUGUAGGUUGUGUAAAUUCUUCACAUACAGAAUUGCCUAAUAAUGUUCUUAACAGUAUUUGUGGUUUAUGAUCUUUUUAAAUAAAAGGUAAAUAUCCUGUAAUAUUAUGAGAACAAAUAAAUACACUGUAGAAGAAAUGUCAGCCUUGGAUAUCAAUUCAACAAAUAAACAGUGAUUAAAGAAUGUACUAUUUCUCCUGUGAGACCUCUUUCUCCUUUUAAAGCUUUUUCAUGGAAAAAUAAACAUUAAAAAAUUUA